AAAAAAAAAUCUAGCUGAAAAUAAAGCAAAACAUAAAUUAUGAUAAGCAACUAGCGUAACUAAAUACACAGAAUAAAAUUUCUUCAUUAAGUGUGAAAUAAAUUGAAUUAAAUUAUUUAAAUUAAAAUCACAAAAAAAAGAAAUAAAGUUAUGUACAAAAUGAGGAAUUUACUGCAACUAUGUGGAUUAUUUUUACUCUUAUCAACCGCUUAUGGAUCAUUCAAUUUAUACCUUAACGAGCACGAAACUAUGAGAUUACUAGGAUUGUCAGCAGAACUGUAUUACGUUCGUGAAGGCUUAAUCAAUAAGUAUGCAUUGCAAUUCACGGUGCCGGUUGCAGCCAAUAUCAAAGAUAUUUCAUUUACAUGGCAAAGUCUGGCGGGUAAAGCGUUACCAUAUCGAAUAAAUAUAGCAACGUCAGAUCCAAUUGUGUUGCCUCGUCCCUCACUCAAUAUCAGUCGUAUUGGUGAGAUGCCUCAGGAAAUAGAGACAUUUGCACUCGAUAUGAAAUGCUCAGGCGUAAGAUCAUCUGAAGUGGAUAUAACGAUAUCCAUUGAGGUGACACUCAAUCGAGAGACAAACAAUGUCACAGAAUUGGUUUUUACGAGAAAGAAAAUCUGCCUACAGAGUGAAGUCACCGAGGACAGUACAGAUAGCACGACAUUAUUUACAACAAUACCUAAGAGACCGAAUGCUGUCAUUACAUUUAUUGUGGGUGGAAUUCUUGCAAUGAUUGUGGUUGCUGUUUUCAUUUCAAUUGCCUACUGUGCACGUGGUCCAGCAAAACGCAAACCACAUCUAUCACAACCGGUCCGGACAUCAAGCUUUCAACGUUUACAAACACAUUCAUCGUCUCUAGCACCAUCAAUAUGUCCAACAAAUGCCACAUUACCACGAAGUAAAUGCUCCGAGCCGGAAGAGUUACAUCGUCGCAUUUCAGAAAUUACUGUACAACGAUGUCGCGUACGCUUGUCAAGCUUAUUGCAGGAAGGAACAUUCGGACGUGUUUAUCGUGGAACAUACAAUGAGACUCAGGACGUUAUAGUUAAAACAGUUGGACAGCAAGCCAGUCAAAUGCAGGUAUCACUGCUGUUGCAGGAAGGAAUGAAUCUUUAUGGUGCUUGUCAUGUUGGAAUUUUAUCAGUUUUUGGAGUGUCGAUUGAGGAUCAUACAGCACCAUUCCUUCUUUAUGCUGCCGAUAAUAAUACAAAGAACUUGAAAGUCUUUCUACAAGAGCCAAUUGCUAGAACUUUAACAACAAUUCAAAUUGUAAAAAUGUCAUCACAGUUAGCAUCAGCAGUAUGUCAUCUACAUGCACACGGUGUCCUUCAUAAGGAUAUUGCAACAAGGAAUUGUGUUAUCGAUGAUGAUUUAUCAGUUAAAAUGACAGACAAUUCAUUGUCACGUGAUCUCUUCCCACAAGAUUAUCAUUGUCUUGGUGAUCGUGAAAAUCGACCCAUUAAGUGGCUCUCACUUGAAGCAUUAAGCAAGAAGCAAUUUAGUGAAGCAUCUGAUGCCUGGGCAUUUGGUGUUCUCAUCUGGGAAUUGUGUACACUUGCAAAGCAGCCGUACAUUGAUAUUGAUGCCUUUGAGAUGGAAAAUUAUUUACGUGAUGGAUAUCGAUUAGCCCAACCACUCAAUUGCCCCGAUGAACUAUUCACAAUUAUGGCUUAUUGCUGGGCCGUUUCCAUUCUCGAGCGUCCAACGUUUCAACAGCUUCAAUUCUGUCUACAAGAUUUUUAUAAUCAACUUACACGAUAUGUAUGAAAUAAAGAGCACAUCGUUCAGUAGUUAUGCUGAAUUUUAUUAUUGUUUUUGAACUGACUAACUGCCAAAUUUAUCGACUCGGUCUGCGAGCACAUAAAUCAAAGAGUAAAGAAUAAAAAUUGAGAAAAUAAGAUUUCUACGAGAAAUAACUUAAAAAAAAAUUGGCAAUUGAAUGAAUACUAGGCAUAUAAUAAGAAUAUAUUUAACAACCCUAAUUUUGUUUUGAGCGCGAAGUAAAAUGAGUUUAAAAUUAGUUCUGUAAACGAGUAAAACUAUUUUAUUUCCAUUUCUGUGAUAUUAAAUGUUAUAUUUUAAAUGAGAAAAAAAAAUCCAUCAAGG